AUGUCCAGCGACCCCGAGGACGACUACGUGCCGUGGAUCCAGCAGUUCUGCGAGGCGUUUGGCCACGACUACUUCGUCCCCGUCACCCAAGACUUCAUAGAGGACGACUUCAACUUAACAGGGCUAUCGCUGCAAGUUCCAUAUUAUCGAGAGGCACUCUACACUAUUUUGGAUUACCAGGUUGAGACCGCCGAGGAUAAUAAUGGUAGCGGUGGUAGCGGGUUGAAUUCUGCCGGAACUAACGCUGGUUCCCUGAAUGGCAAGGGCAAGAACGACUUGCCCAACAAGGCAUUACUAUCACACUCCGCCGAGCUCUUGUACGGCCUCAUACACGCACGUUACAUCGUGUCCAAGGGCGGCUUGACUGCCAUGGCCAGCAAGUUUGAGCGUUCCGAAUUUGGCAUCUGUCCCCGUUACUAUUGUGAUGGGAUGCAUCUUAUCCCUGUCGGUGCCACCGACAUCCCAGGCCAGGAAACAGUCCGUUUGUACUGUCCAUGCUGUAACGAUAUCUAUUUGCCUCUGAGCUCACGUUACUUGAAUAUAGACGGCGCCUAUUUUGGCACCACAUUCCCUGGCUUACUUGUUAAGAUGUUCCCUGAGAUUGAAAACCAGUGCAAAAUCAGGAUCAACAAAGUCAACCAAGACAACUUUGGCUUGCGUUUAUUUGGCUUCCGCAUUCACGAGUCCAGCGCCAGCGGGCCUCGUAUGAAAUGGUUGCGGCAGUUCCCUGUAGGGCCUGAUGAAAAGAAAGAAUUUGAAGAGUGUGAGCUCACUAUACCGGCAGUGGUUGACAGCGACUACGAAAUAACCGCUUCCGAAGAUCUUCAAGGCGAAGUGGAAUUUGAUGAUGACAGAACGAUGGCCAGUGAGGGCAUUUGA